GUCCAUAUGAGAUUAAACAGGCGUGUACAAAACAGGUUCAGUUCCAUUCCCACAAUCUAAUAUCUCCCCCACAUCUCUUCAAACAUGUCAUAGAGAAUUGAAGGUGUUCUUGUUCAGGACCAUGUCUCCAUACGGCUGGUGGUUGUAUCUCACUGUUCUGCUUUUUUUCGAUGUACUGUACUGUGAGAAUUGUUCUUACAAUGAUAUUAAACUGAAUUAUCCAAAACAAAAGGUGCGCCCGGUGAAAAAUUGGACCAUGCCUACUAUAGUAACGGUUGAUUUUUCUCUGGUAUCAGUCGUCAGUUUGGAUAUGAGCAUGCAAGCAAUUACUACCGUUGGUUAUUUUUCUAUGCAGUGGAAGAAUGAAUUCAUUUCAUGGAACCCAGAUUCGUAUUGCGGGAUCAAGGAAAUGUACAUAAAACGUGAUAAUUUUUGGCAGCCAGACCUCUAUAUCUAUGAAAUGAUUACCUAUGAUGAUAAAUCUCAAAAAAAUCCAUUCUACAUUGUCUAUUAUGAUGGAAAUAUAACUGAUAUUAGAAGCUUACAGACUGUUGCUGCUUGUAAAUUAGAUAUUUUCAAUUUUCCCUUCGACACACAAGUCUGUAACCUUUCAUUUGGCUCUUAUAUUUAUCAAGCUGAUGACAUACAAAUGAUGCCUUUACAUAAUUCCACAGAGUUCUUUAACCAUACAAAGGACUACUUUAUGGCAAAAGGAGAUUGGAUUCUCACUGACAUCAGUGUAGCCCAGGAAAUCUAUAAUCUCAAUGGUAACAAUUACAGCAAGGUGUUUUAUACGUUCACAAUAGAAAGGGUUUCUGCAGUUUAUGUCCUGACCUUCAUUAUGCCAGUUUAUUUCAUGGUGGCUCUGGACAUGGUCAGUAUGUUUAUUCAAAUGGACAAAGCAGAUCGGCUUGGUUUUAAAAUGUCUCUUGUGCUGGGAUUCUCUAUGCUGCUCUUGAUUCUAAAUAAUAUACUACCACUCUCGGAAACUCCGCCAUUGCUAGGUAUAUUCUGCUGUGUUUGUAUGGCCACCAUGCUUGGCAGCAUAGUUGGAUCCAUUGGAACCACCUACAUUCUAAACCUGUAUGCGGCACAAGGAAAUCUUCCACAUUGGGUAAAAAACAUAAUGCUAAACCAUUUCUCAUAUCUUCUGUGUUUUCGAAGAACCCUUCACAAAGAUGUGGCCAGCAUUGAACCUCAGGAAAACAGUGACCGUCAGAAAAAGGGAAAAAUAUGCGUAGAGCUUGUGGAAAUGAAAGCAAAUACGGGGAGACAGUUGAACAUAUCUACAGAAGUAAAGCUCUUAAAAAGGCUACUGUUAGCCAUUUUGAAGAUCCACAAAUCACUGAUAGACACUAAAAUGGAAAACAUUGCCAAGUUACAGUGUACUGCGGCAGCUAACCUGGUGGACCGUCUAAUAUUAAUAGUAUACACGCUGAUAAUAACAGUUUUAACCAUUUAUGUAACUGUUGUCUGGUCUCAAAAAUUUUAAAUGCUUGUCUGAUAAUUGUGACAAUUUGAAAUCACACUUCAAUCACAAUUGAACUAUGUCUGUUUUCUUCUACUCAUUAAAAUACUGUGAAGCGCUGACUUUUGGAUUAAAA